CGUGAAGAGCCAAUGAGCAUCUCUGAUAACUCCAUAAAUCAACCAUGUCUUCCUUCGUGUUCAUCGCCAACUCGACUCGGAUCACGAAUCGCUUCACUCGUUUUAGCGUUUUCUCAUCUGUGGGGAUAAUCCCCCGCGUCUUGACUCAGUAACUCGAAUUGAAAGAUGGAGCCGAUGGAUAUCGUAGGGAAGUCGAAGGAGGACGCUUCGCUUCCCAAAGCAACUAUGACCAAAAUUAUAAAGGAAAUGUUACCACCAGAUGUACGUGUUGCAAGAGAUGCUCAAGAUCUUUUGAUUGAGUGUUGUGUAGAGUUUAUUAAUCUUGUUUCAUCAGAGUCCAAUGAAGUUUGUAACAGAGAGGAUAGACGAACAAUAGCACCUGAACAUGUACUCAAGGCUUUAGAGGUUCUUGGGUUUGGAGAGUACAUUGAAGAGGUAUAUGCUGCAUAUGAGCAACACAAGAUUGAGACAAUGCAAGACUCUUUGAAAGCUGGGAAAUGGAACAACGGAGCAGAGAUGACCGAGGAAGAAGCAGCAGCUGAGCAGCAAAGAAUGUUUGCAGAGGCACGUGCGAGAAUGAAUGGUGGUCCCGUUGCCCAAAAGCAACCAGAUCCCGACCCAAGUGUAGAGAGCUGACUCAUUAGGACUUCUUGUACCGUAGGCAAGCAUCCUUGACUCUUCUAUUAGCGCUUCUAAGUUUUAAUCUCAUAUAUUAUGUACAAAAAAGAAAAGCUAUCGGUUAGUGUACUGAUCUCUGUGGAUAUUUUUACUUUUUUUUUAAUCUAUGGAUGCUGUCUAUAAUUAUUUAGUUAGUGAGAGUUUGUUCAUUCCCAUUUGUGCCAAAACCUUGGUAUGUAAUUGUUUCAGUCGUAUGGUAUUUUAGUUGACA